AUGAAAGCGACGAAUUUAUUAAAAAAUAAAGGAAUAUUAUUUUUGGAACAGCUAUUAGAAGCCAAUAGAAUGAAGCUUAUGAAAUGGAAACAUAUUUGCGUAGAAAAUGAAUAUGUUAAAAUUAAUAAAAAUGAGAUUAUAACGUGGAAUGAGAAUUAUAAUACAUUGGGGGUCUUCACAAAAAACUUGAUUGAGAUUGAGAUUGAGAUUUCAUAUAGAAUUUUCAAUCUUAAUAUAAAAAGCCAAGGAGCAAAUAUAGGAUUACAUAUGAUACCAAAUAGUAUUAAUAAUUCACCAAAUGUAAGGGAUGUGAAAGAAGUAUUAAAAUCAAUGAAGAUAGUAGUAGUGAAAGAGUGUUGGAUAUAUAUUGAAAAUAAAAAGAGUAGAGCAAUCAAAUCUAGAAAGGAAAAACUAAACGACAAUAUGAUUAAACCAUACGAAACAUAUAAUAGUCGUUAA